AUGCCUUCAUUCACUCGUUUGGCUCUCUCAGCCCUCGCGGCCACUGCUGCCAUUGCCACGGGCAUCAACGAUUUCUCGUGUGAAAGCUCUUCCAACCCCGUCAUCUUCCUGCACGGUCUGGGCGCCACCUACUAUGAAGACCUGAACUUCAUGCAGUACUGGCUGCAGUCCAAGGGCUACUGCACAUAUGCCAAGACCUACGGUGCUUAUGAUGGAUUCCCUCUCGUCGGUGGUCUGAAGGCCAUCAACGAGAGUGCUCCCGAGAUCGCCUCCUACAUCAAGGAAGUGACCGAGAAGACCGGCAAGGCCAAGGUCGACCUGGUCGGCCACUCCGAGGGCGCCUUCCAGGCCCUCUACGUCCCCAAGUUCGAGGGCGUCUCACACCUCGUCGACAAGAUCGCCGCCAUCGCUCCUCCCACCCAUGCCACUGCCUUUGCGCACAUCUAUGACAUUGCCUACCUCUUCGGUAACUCCUCGCGCACUGCAGUUAGCGAGGUCCUCCACCUCGUCGGUUGCCCUGCUUGCGACGACGUGGGUCCUGACGGCGCUGCCGUCAAGCGUCUCAAUGACGGCAAGCCCAUUGCUCAGCCCGGCAACAAGAUCACCAUCAUCGCCUCCAAGUACGAUGAGCUGGUCACUCCUCCCAAGACAUCUUUCAUUGAUGAAGAUGCUGUCUCCAACACCUGGAUCCAAGAUACCUGCCCUCUUGACCCUGUCGGCCACAUCGGCGAGGCGUACGACUUGAACGUCUGGCACUUGGUCCGCAAUGUCCUGGAUGACACCCCCGACAGGAAGUUUGUCUGUCUGCUCGGAUCUCCUGGUAAAUAG